UGAGCAUAUAGUAGGAAACGGUUUUCUCACAAUACUCUUCUUCUUCUUCAAGACUCGAGCAGCUGGUGAUGCUGCGAUUGCAGAGUGCAAUAAUGGAGGCAACAAGCUCUGUUAUCAGCUCUUCUUCAUCUUCUACAUCUUGUUCCAAGCUUCAAUUUCUCUUCAAUCGUCAAAAAUCACUUCACCUUCCUCAGCGCCGACUAGUUUCUAUAUUACUUCCAUACCGUUUGUUCCAGCCAAGGUCCAACUCCGUACUUCGCGUCUCCGCUGUCGCCGUCGGCGAAGUUGUCGAGAAAACUACCGAUUUGGUGGCGUCUCCCGGUGAAAUGCUUCCCAAAGUCGAUAAAAGUGGGAGGUUUUGCAGCCCCAGGGCAGCUAGAGAGCUCGCUUUGACUAUUCUGUACGCUGCUUGUUUAGAAGGUUCUGAUCCUGUUCGGUUAUUUGAGAAACGAUUGAAUGUUAGAAGAGAAACUGGAUAUGAAUUUGAUAAGGCGUUGUUGACUGAAUAUAACCACAUGAGCUUCUCAGAUUCACCUGUCACUACAGAAACAGUUGAAGAAGCUGAUGAGCUAAUCUAUGAAGAUGAUAAAGAGUCUGCCAUUGAAGCAGAGAUACUUUCAGCUCCUCCAAAGUUGGUUUAUAGCAAACUUAUUUUGCGUUUCACAAGGAAACUUUUAGUCGCGGUUGCGGAAUCAUGGAACAAUCAUGCGGUUAUUAUAGACAAAGUUUCCCCUUCAAAUUGGAAGAGUGUGCCAGCAGCAAGAAUCCUGGAGUUUUGUAUUCUUCACUUGGCAAUGUCUGAAAUGGCGAUUGUAGGAACCAGACACCAAAUAGUUAUCAACGAGGCGGUUGAUCUUGCGAAGAGAUUUUGUGAUGGCGGGGCAGCCCGUGUGGUUAACGGUUGUCUAAGGACAUUUGUGAAGGAUCUCGAUGAAAAAGAUAUGCCACGAGAAUUGGAAGGUAAAAGGAAGGUUUUCAGUUGAUUUUUUAGGGUUUAUUAGGUGUUGAGUAAAAGCUUAAUCUUGAAUUUUAUAUGUUGACAUUAUAUUUCUUGAUGGGUGGGGGGAGGAAGCUGUUUGUAUCAAUUUAUAUACUUAUCAGUAAGUUGUUUAUUUUAUCUAAUGUGUUAUUAUUAUGUGUU